GUCGCGAUAGACUAAUCAAGUAGACUGCUCAUGAGAGUGGAAGCAUUUUUGCUUCCUUUUCUCUUUACCUUUAGCAGCUACUUGGUAGCAUCUCUGCCCAUUCCUUCAACUACCGACACUCUUUUGAUUUUUUUUGUAACUUAUCGCCGUCAAUGGCGUCCAGAGGGGCGACGAGCCCUGUGGAAGGCGAGCGGAAGCUUCGGUCCCGGUUUCCAGAUCAGUCGCUAAGCGACAGACAAACAGGAUUUGGUGGAGGAAAAAGAAAAGUUGAAAGGGCUACAGAUCCGAAAAAGGAGAACGGGUUGGACCCCAGGGGCGGCCCCCAGUUGGGUCAGUUGGACCCCUCAAUCAAGAGUCCGAUCGGCAACAGCAUUGGUCACGGCAUAUCCUCUUCUUCCAUUAUCAAACACGGCGACGACGACCAGCUCAACGACGCCCUCGCCAAUGAGCUUGACUAUAUAACAGUCACCGCCCCCAACGGCUACUUCCCUUCUCAGCACUUUCGUGGCGAUAAGGCUUCUCGCAUCCUUGGUAUCAAGCAUCGUAGGAGUAUGGAACCUAUUCCCGCUUCUGCUCGCACCUCAAUCGUUUCCACUCGUUCCGCCCGUGAUGGCCUUCCCGCACCUUCCUUUACCCCCAAUUCUCCCCUUACUUCCCUCUAUGUAGUAUCAGGUCUUCCAAAGUCGCCUCAUACUUGGACUCUCGCUGACCCGGACUCUGUCCUUGGUCUCCAUCACAGCGAUGGCGCUGUCAGUCGUUGGUGGCGCCCAGAAGUCCUUGGUAGCACCGUCAGUCCAGGCGCCGGUGGAGGAAAGAAAAAGAAACGCGGUAAAGGUGAGGAAGUCAUGAAGGGUGCCGGCGCUCUCAGCAAACAGGAAGUCGGUAAAAUGCUCUCCAAGGCUCUCAAGCUCUCCUUCACUCGUGAAGUCGAAGUUAUUGCUUCUACUCUGCAACCAGCAUCUACUAUCCAUACCUUUACCUUCACUCUGCCUGCUCCAAGUACGCCUCUUGCUCCUUCUGCGUCUGGAGAGCUUCUUCGCGCUUCCGUUCUGUCUUCGUCUGAAAAUCGCUCUUCAGCGGCUACUUUUUCAUAUCCCUACUCUGAUGACCCCUUUGUCCGUCCGUCGUCAAGCUAUCUUGGACCCCCCAGCCUUCUAGGCCAUGGGGCUCAUCAUCAAGCGGCUGCUUCCACGACUGACACUAAUUCCAAGGGCAGUACAGUCACUUAUCAUGGUGUCUGCCUUACGGUCUGGUCCCACGCCGACGCUGAACGUAGCACAGCUAUCCGUCGCACUUUGGAGGCCGGACGUUCUCGAAAAGAGUCAGCUCAGUCCCUUGUUGCAUCACGCAUCAAAAAUCUCCGAGCAGAUGCCGUUGGUCUUGGAAGCGAUACCGAUCCCAGCGUCCAAGCUCGCCGCAGCGCCCGGAAGAGCGCUCGUGGUCCCUGGGCAGAUGCAGAUACUGACGGGGAAACUGAGGGUGAAGGUGCCAUGAGUGAAAGUGACUUCGAGGUCGCUAGCACCGUCGGCCACGGACCAGGAGAAAGUACUCUGUUCCUUCCUGGAGAUACAGUUUUCUGGCUUCCUUAUGCCCUCACUCUUGUCUCGCGACAUCCUGUGUAUGACUUGAUGCGCGACUACCUAACUCUCUCAUGGGCUCGCUUUUCCAAGGAUGUACAAUCACAUACUCUGCAGAUCUCUAAGAUCCUUGCUCACCCGGCUCCCCGUGCAGGAGAUCUCAUCAAAUUAGAUGCCAGCCCUCGCGGGGACAGCACCGAGUCCAGCUUGGAAGUCAUUGCUCGAUUCCCAGGCGGACUGGACUUUGGCCGAGGAUUAGUAGACAUCAAUUUCACCAUGUGGCCGUUGUUCAAGUGCCUGAACAUUGACAACAUUCUGACCAUCUGCGAGAUUGCUUUGGCCCCAACUGGCCGCAUUUUGUUCUUCUCUAGGCAUCCCGCCUUACUCGGGAUUGCUGUCCAUACGAUCAAGUAUCUAGCAGAACUCAGGGGAUGGAAUGGAAUUGCGCUUCCUGCGGUCCAUUCUCGCGACGCCAAGAUUUACAUUGAUGAUCCCGGCCCAUGGAUCAUGGGUCUGGCGACAGAAGCCAGAUAUAGUGUCCGUCCUGCAUCUGAAGUCUGCGUCUGUGACUUGGAUAUUAACUACGUGAGCUGUCCUUCGCCUCCGGUUGGCGUUGUUUCCACGAAGCAACAAAGGGAGAAAUAUAGGCAGCGAUUAUUGGCUGCCUUUGAGGCUCAUUAUCAUCCGGAUCACUCAGUACCCAGUGAAUUCAAGGAGGCGUUCCCGGCAGGCCGCUUCAGACCUGUUUGCAAGAUUCAAGCCAAACGUGGUGCCUCGUCCACCGCAGUUGCUGAUCAAAUCAAACCUCCUGACUGGUGGCACUCGACGCGUAUCAUUCAAGCUUUUGACAGCGUGUUACAGGACAAGUACAAGAAACCAUCGUUCUUGAGAAGGAUCGGAAUGUUUGGGAGUGUCAGGCGGCCCCCUCAGCUUACAGCAGCCGAACAACUUAUCCAAUUGUCUAUCCGAAAGCGUGCUACUGCCUUCGUUGAUGCGCGCGAUGACCUGGAAACUAAGAUUGGGCGUCUAUCCCGCCGACUCAACUUCCUAAUGACCGAGUCUGAUUUGUGGAGGGAUAAAUUUGUCACCUUCGAACAGUACGCAGAAAAACUGAGCGCAGAGGCCAAUCAACUCAGAGCUAAAAUCAACAAAGAGCAGAGGGAGACCAAGCGAUUGUCCGGAUUAGUGACUCUGACGGCAGUUGAAAAGAACAAGCUACAGAAUCAGCUGAAAGAAACGGAGAUGGCACACAAGGAGGCUAUGUCUGAGUUGGAGACCAUGAAAGAAACCAUGGAUAGGAUGGAGCAAGAACGUACCGAAAUGAUUGCCGAGGUCGAGGCACAGAUCGAAAGGGCGUUGCUUUCCAUGGCUGUUGGAGUAGAAGAAUCGGACUACGGGAGCUCGCGUCCUAAUAGCCGUCCCAGCAGCCGCCUGUCCUCCUUCUCAACUCCCCGAUCUAGACGGACCAGUGACGCUGGGAAAACACGUCAUUUACGUUCGUUUGGGACGGAAUCAACACUCGCAGAAUCCUAUGAGGAGGAUAGCGUGGAACACGUUGAGAAAGUCCAGCGCAAGACAGGGACAAUUGAAGAAGACGACGAGGAAGAACCUCCUAUGUCUCCCUCCAAGAAGAAACGAUUCUCUGCAACUGAGGUUGAUGUCCCUCAAGAUGGGAUGAACGCCGUGGAUGAGGGAAUUAGCCAAAAAAGCGACAAGAUUGCUCAGAAGGUCUUGGAGAUACAACAGAAGCUUGAAACCGCUCUUGCUACUGAACGUCGAGCCGCUAAAUGGAGACGUCAGGUUUCUCAGGAGAGCGAGGAUGAUGUGUCAAUGUCAGAAUCUGCUCGUUCUCAACCCUCAUCGAGUAGCAGGACCUUCAACAAGACACCUACGAAACAUUGGAAAAGGAGCAAUACCGCUUCGUCAAGCCAGACUAGUACGCAUACCGAAGCUCCAAGGUCCACAUCAUCUCCUGUGCCGAAAUCUCCUCGUCGUACCUUGUUUAUCAAAACGUCGGAAACAGGCAGCGCCACGCCCACUCGCCGUUCAAUGUCGGACGCGAGUCGUGACGAACAGAGCACACCGGAGCCUGUUCCCAUUCGAAAAAUCUCUUCUGGCGCUUCAUUGAGUGCGACGAGGCCCUCCCAAGCAACGCCGACCACACCAGGUCUUACUCCUGUUGUUGCUGGUGCCACCGACGACUCCGACACUGACUUCCAGAGCGCCUACUCGGCCAGUCCCCGUGGAAGUUAUGGCAGCUUCGAAAGCACCCACGGCCUUCCACUUAUCAAUGGCGAGCAGGCUGCGGUUGGAAUAGUCAACGAUUUGCCUGACGAUUUCGGCAAACCUGUCCCUGUUUUCUCCAAGCACCGAGAACGCAAUGACAGCGCGGCCACUACCCAUGCCCAGCCAAAGUCUAGUCCUACUUUAAGUCAGGACGCCGAGUCGUUACCUUCUGAAGCUUCGGAAGAGUUGAACUAACAAAUAUACAAAUACCCCUACACAUAUUCCCUAACUAACUGUCCAUCGACCAUUUUGUCUGUUUUGGAUCCAUAUUAUUUUAUUAUACAUAUUUGCAAGU